AUGAUAGACGCCACAGCAGGAUAUGAAAGGAUGAGCUUCCUCGACGCCUACUCUGGAUACAAUCAGAUCCCCAUGAAAUCAGAGGAUAGGAUUCAUACAUCUUUCAUAACAGAAGAUGGUUUAUAUUGCUACAAAGUUAUGCCAUUCGGUCUAAAGAAUGCAGGCGCAACAUAUCAGAGGUUGAUGCACAAGCUGUUUUCCUCAUUACUCGGGAGAAAUAUGGAGGUUUAUAUUGACGAUAUGGUCAUCAAGUCCAAACAAAGCUCUUCACAUAUAGACGACUUGACGGAAUGUUUCGACAUCCUUGAUGCUUAUAAAAUGAAAUUAAACCCCUCAAAAUGUGUCUUUGGGGUGUCCUCUGGACAGUUCUUGGGAUACAUCGUCAGUCAGAGGGGCAUCGAGGCGAAUCCAACACAGAUUGCGUCCCUCUCAGAAAUCAAGGAACCCCGAACCAUCCGUGACAUACAAGCUCUGACCGGCAAAAUAGUAGCAUUAAGUCGAUUCAUAUCACGAAUGUCAGACCGCUGCCAACCCUUCUUACAGUGCAUAAAGAAAUCUACCAACACCACCUGGGGACCAGAACAGCAAAAAGCAUUGGAUGAGUUGAAGACUUAUUUGAGCUCUCCUCCUAUAUUGAGCUCUCCUCUUGCUAAUGAAGAUUUAUUCUUAUAUUUGUCUGUCUCACAAUUUGCUGUAAGUUCUGUUCUUUUCCGAGAAGAAGCCAAUCGUCAGAGGCCAGUGUUCUACUGCAGCAAGAAGCUGUUAGAUGCUGAAACCCGAUACAGUAUGAUGGAAAAAUUGGUACUGAGUAAGCCCGACCUUUCUGGAAGAUUAUCUAAAUGGGCCAUUGAGCUUGGGACAUACGAUAUUCAGUUUUCGCCACGAAAAGCUAAAAAGGGGCAGGUACUCGCUAACUUCCUGGUUGAAAUUCAGUCAUUCACUCCUGACGCCCUACCAGAAUUAUUAGAAUCAGAAGAUCAAUGGCUAUGGAAAAUGUACACUGACGGAGCAUCCAAUUCCCAAGGGGCUGGUAUUGGCGUCGUAUUAGAAGCUCCCUCAGGACUCAAAAUCGAAGAAGCCAUCCGUUUAGAGCAAUCCGCAACGAAUAAUGAAGCAGAAUAUGAGGCACUAAUCUAUGGUUUGGAACUCGCACGAGAAAUGGGAAUCCAACGUCUGAACGUCAGAGGCGAUUCGCAGCUUAUGAUAGAGCAAGUGGCUGGAAAUUUCGAUACCAAAGCACCCCAUCUGGCUAGCCUUCUACAAAAGGUAACUGACUUACGAUCGCAUUUUCGCCAGUUUGAACUCAUACUAGUACCCAGGGAGCAAAAUCAGAAGGCCGACGCCCUUGCCAAAUUAGCUUCUGCAGGAGGAUGCACACGCCAGUCCUCCAUAUCCAUAAGCCGAUCAAGCAAAGAUAUGGAAGUCUAUUCCACCUCAUCAGAACUUGAAUGCUGGAUAGAUCCGAUCAUAAAGUACUUGACCACCUCCGAGCUCCCACCUAAUCCGAAAGAUGCAAAACUUCUGCGCCUUCGAGCACAACGCUAUUGCAUGAUCCAUGGGACGUUGUACCGAAAAUCCUUCAACAGCUCAUACCUACGAUGUUUGCGCCCAUCAGAAGCUAAAAAAUUGUUAGAAGAAAUACAUGAGGGGACAUGUGGAAAUCACACAGGGGGACGGAGCUUGGCACACAAGGCACUUACAGCAGAGUAUUAUUGGCCAUACAUGAUGACAGAAGCGCGAGAUUAUGCCAAAAAAUGCAACAAAUGCCAACGAUUUGCACCCACCAUCCAUCAACCUGCUCAAACCCUACACUCCAUCGUUGCACCUUGGCCAUUUGCAAAAUAG